GUAGCUCAGAAGCCCAUAUUCUUUAUAGAGCUUUGGACAAACAAACAAGAACAAUCCAUGUUUGGACAGCUCAUUUCAACAAAUAUUUUAUCACUUAAUGUUAGAAUAUGGCCAUAUUUGUCACACCCCUUUUCUUGCAAAAGCCUUAUUUUAUAAUCUCCAUUGGGCACCACCAAGCCUCUCCAACUUUGGCUAAAAUCCCAAAUUCCUAACCUUUCCUAAGACUAUAUCAUAACUUGUACACUCUCCACUUUCUCGCUCCACAAAUCACCAGAGCACAGACUCUGUGCUUCCAUGGCAACAUGGCUCCUGCUGCUUUCAUCUACAUUUUUCACACACUGUUAUUCAUCAUCUGCCAAGAUUGCGCCGGCCUUCCCUCCAUCGAUCGUUAGGCCUGAUCAGCAGCUAUUGAUUACCACCAAAAGUAGUGAUCAUCACUACAAAGAGAAGUUCUAUACCCAAAUUCUUGAUCACUUCAACUACAAUCCACAAAGCUACCACACCUUCCAGCAAAGGUACCUGAUCAACGACAAACACUGGGGCGGCGCUAAUGAUAAUGCUCCGAUCUUUGUCUACACUGGCAAUGAAGGUAACAUCGAAUGGUUCGCCGAAAACACCGGCUUCAUGUUCGAGACUGCACCUCAUUUCAAAGCCCUUCUUGUUUUCAUUGAGCAUAGGUACUAUGGGAAAUCGAUCCCUUUUGGAGGAAGCAAAGAGAUUGCAUAUUCAAACUCAUCCACACUUGGCUAUUUGAGCUCAACACAAGCUUUGGCUGACUAUGCAACUCUGAUUCUUGAUCUGAAAAAGAACUUGACUUCCAUGGAUUCCCCUGUUGUGGUGUUUGGAGGUUCCUAUGGCGGAAUGUUGGCAGCGUGGUUCCGAUUGAAGUAUCCCCACAUUGCACUGGGAGCUUUGUCAUCUUCUGCACCAAUCCUCAAUUUGGACAACAUUACUUCUCCAUACAGUUUCUCCAACAUCAUCACACAAGAUUUUAGAGGUGAGAGUGAGAACUGUUACAGAGUGAUCAAAAAAUCAUGGAAAGAAAUCGAAGACACAGCAGCAAGAGCAGGUGGGAUGGAGAUUCUCAGAAAAUCUUUCAGGAUAUGCAAGGAUUUCAUAAAUGUAGGGUUUCUUGAAGGCUGGAUUUCUACAGCUUUUACUUACACUGCAAUGACAGAUUAUCCAACUCCCUCCAAUUUCCUCAACCCCUUGCCUGCCUACCCUGUCAAACAGAUGUGCAAGGCCAUUGAUGAUCCUAAGACUGGGAACAACACAUUCGAGAAAAUAUACCAAGCUGCCAACAUUUACUACAACUACACUGGAGAAACUAAGUGCUUCGAUUUGUUGGAUGAUUCGGAUCCUCACGACCUCGGCGGAUGGUCAUGGCAGGCGUGCACAGAGAUGGUUUUACUUACAGGUGGUACCACAGAGGAGAGCAUGUUUCCUCCCUCUAAUUACACGUACCUUGAUAGGUUAGAGUAUUGCAAAGAGCAGUACAAUGUUGUUCCCAGGCCAACCUGGAUUCCCACUGAGUUUGGAGCCCAUCAUAUUGAAAGAGUGCUGAAGCACUUUGGGAGCAAUAUUAUCUUCUUCAAUGGGCUGAGGGAUCCAUGGAGUGGUGGAGGUGUUCUGAAAGACAUAUCCAAAAGUGUAGUAGCCAUUGUUGCAGAACAAGGGGCACACCAUGUUGACCUGAGAUACUCAACAAAUGAAGAUCCAAAGUGGCUUCAAGAUGUCAGGAAAAGGGAAGUCCACCUCAUAUCUAAUUGGCUCACUCAAUAUUAUCAUGCUCUCUCUCAUCAUCACCAUCACUCUUAAUUAGAUACCCCAUCUCUGUCUUUCUUUCAAAUAAUACAGUUCCAGUGUUUGGUCGACAGAAGAAACUAAACUAUUAAUAGUUUCAAAGCCCAACCCAUGUAGCCCACAAACACAUAAUGUAGCCCACAAACACUUAGGGCUGUCUGUCACUCAAAUAAUAAAAAAAAAAAAAAAAAAAAAAAAAAAAAAAAAAGAAUUAAAUGAAAUGGAUAUAUUAGUGUAUUUGUGAGAUACAUACACCUGUACCAGUGCAUUGUUAUCAUCAUUAUCAUUAUUAUGUAUUGAUUGGAUCUGACAAGUACAAUUUCCCAUCAAACAAACAAGAUGUAGAUGUGUAGUAGAUGUAGAUACCUAUCUAUCAAUAGGCAUUGCAGCCUUGGGAUUGUGCAUUGUUCUUGGUCUUGCCUAUGUUUGGAAACCUAUGUUAGUUACAAUGCACUGCCCUGCCCUGCCCUCCAUUUCCUAUCUCUAUUUCAAUAAUCAAUAUAUAUAUAUAUGUGCUGAUUAAUUAUUAGAUCUCG